CUCACCAAAUAGGGCACCGGUUGGUGAGUGACAAUUGAUGGACAACUCUCUCACCGUCGCUCAUGACGAUCCGUCUAUCAGCUUUAUUUGUUUUAUUUUUGUCUAACGACACAUCGCAUCCACGCUUUGCCAACGACUCAACUUCGAGGAGACAUCAUGCGCUACUCCACGUUCACGUUCGCUACCCUGUUCGUAGCUGCUGCGGCCCCUGCGCUCGCGGUCCCAGUCAACCUCUGGACUCGUUUCGAUGAGCUCGAGGCUCGCCACGAUUUACCGUAUGAAGAUCCUGGCCCGGUUGUGCAUGUCCCCCGCCCUCCGACGCCGCCGCCCCGUAUCCAUGUUCCAGCGAACGUUGGCCCGCCUCCCCCGAGGCCGCCGCGCCUCCCCGCCCGGCCAGGCGGCCAUACGCGACGGGCGUAUCAUGACGAGGAGCUGUUUGCUCGGAUGGACGAGGGGCUGUAUGACGAGCUGUUCGGCCGUGCUUAGGAUGCGGAGUGGCUUGAUUGAUAAUAGUUGAUAUGUUCUUGGCUUGUGUUCCGCGCGAUGUACCAACGCCGUCACGGUAAUACUCAGUAGUAUGGGUUUGAAGACAC